AUGGUCAUGCUCAACAUCAUCGCCAUUGUCUCCGUCUUGCCCUUUCUAACUCCAUCCCAAGCCAAAAUUCCCGGCGUCUAUUCCGGUGGCCCAUGGCAAAACGCUCAUGCCACUUUCUACGGUGGCAGCGACGCCUCAGGCACUAUGGGAGGGGCGUGUGGGUAUGGGAACCUAUACUCCCAAGGGUAUGGUGUGAACACUGCGGCACUAAGCACGGCUCUGUUCAACAAUGGGUUCAGUUGCGGAGCGUGUUUCGAAAUAAAAUGCACCGAUGAUCCAAAAUGGUGCCACCCUGGUAACCCUUCCAUCUUGGUCACUGCCACAAACUUCUGCCCUCCUAACUACGCUCUUCCCAGCGACAAUGGCGGCUGGUGCAACCCUCCCAGACCCCACUUCGACCUCGCCAUGCCCAUGUUCCUUAAAAUCGCACAAUAUCGUGCCGGCAUCGUUCCCGUCUCUUAUCGCCGGGUGGCUUGCAGGAAAGAGGGAGGGAUGAGGUUCACGAUGAACGGGUUCCGUUACUUCAACUUGGUUUUGAUCAGCAACGUGGGGGGUGCAGGGGAUAUCGUGAGGGCGAACGUGAAAGGGUCAAGGACGGGGUGGAUGAGCAUGAACCGCAACUGGGGGCAGAACUGGCAAGCAAACGCGGUUCUGGUUGGUCAGUCACUCUCCUUCAGGGUGACAGGCAGUGACCGACGCACCUCCACCUCUUGGAACAUUGUCCCCCCUACUUGGCAAUUCGGCCAGACCUUCUCCGGCAAGAAUUUCAGAAUCUAA